AUGGUUGCAAUUGCUCCUAGAAUACGAUUCAUCGAUAUUGUUAAAGAGUACCUGUUUAAUUCGACCAUUCAUGGGGUGAAGUUUAUAGCCGAUGAUUCGUACCAUGUUGCGGAAAGGUGGCUCCUGAAGCUGUUCUGCUUCCUUCAGUCGGCGCUGCUGGCCUGGGGCUACUACCGUUAUGCUCAUCCGGCAGUGUUGGAGAACGAAGCCCAGGAAGCCCUGUUGCCAGAUCAUCUUCGGAACCAUCACUAUCGGACGCCCCGAGUGGCCAACGCCCUGGCCCGCUUCAGCUGGUUCGGUCCGGGUGAGGAAGUGGUCUGGGACCGGCAUGCCAGCAAGAUCUCGCGAGCCGACAUCUACAACGUGCUGACCCACGCCGGAUUCGUACCGCGACGAUUCCACAACAAUUUCAACCGUUGACCGAGUCACUAUCUAUAAGAAAUUUAGGCUAUUUUAUAAUUAUACCGGUAGAAGGUGUCUCUCACUCGUUCUUUUGAAAAAUGUAAAUAUUGUACGGCAUUUCAGACUGAAUUUUUCCUCCCUCGUGCAUCGAUUGGUCCGGGAAGUGGGCUACGAGUCGAGCAACCGGACAGAUUCGAUGGAAUCGGUGCUUCUCAGUAAUUAUGUAGUAAGAAAGUCUCCAUUGAUGUAUAUUUAGUUAAUAAAGUAUACCCAGGCGAGCUUCUCAGCUCCAAUUGUCUACAGUGCAGUAACCCAAAUGAGCUAAGAAUAAUGACCAGUGUGGUGGUCUUUUGUUGCAUAAUUUGUCGGAAUAAAACGAAGAAAAAAACACGCUAAU